AUGGAUCUCUCCCGCGUCCUUGCCGCGAAUAUCGACGGCCGUACCCAAAACACACGCUAUCGUCAAUCCCAGUUGCAGAAGCUUCAAUUGGCCCUCGUGGAGCAUAUCGCUGAUAUUCAAGAUGCCAUCCAUUCGGAUUCAGGACAUACUCGAGCCGAGGUGCGCGCGGAAAUAGUGUUUGCGUUACAGGAGCUACGAGCGCAUUACUCGGGUUUGAGUCUGGAGAAAGAUCUCAAGGCCGAGUAUCGAAUCGCGCACGGUAAGGAUAAUCCAGAUGGAGCGCGCGGUGUUGGGAUAGUUUACAUUGUUCCGAGCGGCCAUACACCAUUCUUCUCGAUCGUGUCUGCACUGAGCGCAGCACUGGCAGCGGGAAAUUGCAUUGUCCUUGAGCUCCCUCAAACAACAAGCAUGCUGCCAGCAGUACUCCGCAACAUAUUGCCUAAAGCAUUGGACCAUGACACUUUCACCAUUGUGGCACAAAGACCGGAUGCAUCAUUCCUAAGCAAGACUUUGAUGGUGGUGCAGACAGGCGAAAGCUAUACUGGACUGGUCUCGCCCUCAAAUUUGCAGGCUGUUGCUAUUGUUGACCGCACAGCCGAUGUUGUCCAAGCAGCAGAGGCAUUGGUUGCCGCGCGCUUCGCACUGGGUGGCCGCUCAGCCUACAGCCCUGACCUAGUAUUGGUGCAUGAAUUUGUCAUGAAGCCUUUCGUGGAAGCUGUGAUUACCCAUGCAUCCAAGUACCUCGCCGGUGAGAAUGGAGAAGCAAGAACUCUAUCCCGGAAAUCCACUCUUUUGGACACAAUUCAAAAAGAGCGCACAGCUCGAGUGCUGGUGUCGGGAAGUAAUUGGGGUGUAGUUGAGGUUCAGGAUCGCAAAUCAUCGCUUUUGAGAAGGAAAAUCGAGGAGAAAGUACUCCUGGUUCACUCAGUCACCAGUUUAGACGAUGCAAUUGAUACAAGGUCAGUUUACCCCAUUUUCAGUCAUAAUGGAGCUGAAAAUCUCAGCACCGAAACGCUGGCAGCGACUUAUGCCUUCGCUGCGCCGUCGUCGGCCAAAUAUCUCACGCAAUUCAUCGACGCUCACGUUUCGUGGGUAAACCAUGUCCCUAGUCACAUGCUCAUCGGUCCCGCCAUCCCUCAAGGUUCACCUGUCACGCAAACCCGCUACACAAAGAGCCAAUUCGAGAUCCCACGCCCGCAGAUACUCACCUCGGCCCUAGGCUCCGUUGAGAAAAUCCUGCAGAAUGAAUCCAAAGCCGAUCAAAUUUGGAGGGAGGCUCUUGCACCGCUGCCGUCGACGAACCAAAGACCUGGCUUCAAGAUUGGAUUCUUCGAGCAAGGUAUCAUCACAGGUGGGUUGAUCACGCUAGGCUCGCUGGUUGCGACGGCUUCGACCUUGGGAUACUAUACUUGGACUUUCAUCAGAGCUUGA